CAAUGACACACUAAUUGCUCAUCACAAAGACAACCUUGAUUAUUCCAUUGUUGACCCCUUAACCUCAAAUAUUAAAAAAAAAAAAACCCAAAGAACCAAAAAAAAAAAAAACACCAUCUCCAUCUCAGGGUUUGAGGUGGAUACCAUGAUUGGUCGCAGAGAGAGAGAAGGACCCUUGAUGAGGAACAAUAGCCAUUCUCUACGCAAAUCAAGGGUCAUAACCGCCAUAGCAAUUGGGGUCCUUAUUGGAUGCAUCUUCGCCUUCUUGUUCCCUAAUGGGUUCUUCGUUUCUGACUCUGCAACCCCUAAUAGCCAUCUUCCUCUUGCGGGAUCCAAGACCCAGUAUCUUUCUGAAAAUUCAGCUGGAUGUGAAUCCUCAGAUCGGGUUAACAUGUUGAAAUCAGAGUUUGUGACAGUAUCAGAGAAAAAUGCUGAGCUGAAAAAACAGGUGAGGAAAUUGACUGAAAGGCUUCGACUUGCAGAGCAUGGGAAAGACCAGGCUCAAAAGCAGUUUCUUGCAUUGGGUAAACAGCAUAAAGCUGGACCUUUUGGUACUGUCAAGGGAUUAAGAACCAACCCUACUGUUGUUCCUGAUGAAUCUGUGAACCCAAGAUUGGCAAAGAUAUUAGAGAAAGUUGCUGUUAACCGAGAGUUUAUAGUUGCACUUGCGAACACCAAUGUGAAGGAGAUGCUGGAGGUCUGGUUCACCAAUAUCAAGAGAGUUGGUAUAAAAAAUUAUCUAGUUGUUGCUUUAGAUGAUGAGAUUACAAAGUUUUGUGAAUCAAAUCAAGUCCCAGUGUAUAAGAGAGACCAGGAUAAUAGUAUUGAUUCCAUUGGAAAAAUUGGAGGGAACCAUGAAGUCUCUGGCCUUAAAUUUCGGAUUCUAAGAGAAUUCUUGCAAUUGGGAUAUAGUGUUCUUCUAUCAGAUGUUGACAUUGUAUAUUUGCAGAACCCUUUUAAUUAUCUGUUUCGGGAUUCAGAUGUGGAGUCAAUGAGUGAUGGUCAUGAUAACAUGACAGCUUAUGGCUAUAAUGAUGUCUUUGAUGAACUUGCAAUGGGUUGGGCUAGAUAUGCUCACACUAUGAGGAUAUGGGUUUACAACUCUGGUUUCUUCUAUAUAAGACCAACAAUCCCUUCAAUUGAGCUUUUGGACCGUGUGGCAACAAGACUUUCAAAGGAGAAGGCAUGGGACCAAGCUGUUUUCAAUGAGGAACUCUUUUACCCUUCACAUCCUGGUUAUGAUGGGCUUCAUGCUGCUAGAAGAACUAUGGAUUUCCUUCUCUUCAUGAACAGCAAGGUUCUGUUCAAGACAGUGAGGAAUGAUGAUAGACUCAGCAAAUUGAAACCAGUAAUUAUUCAUGUGAAUUAUCACCCUGAUAAGCUUCCACGUAUGAAAGCAAUUGUUGAAUACUAUGUUAAUGGGAAGCAAGAUGCUCUAAAACCUUUCCCUGAAGGCUCAGAAUGGUAAACUUGCUUCUGCAUGCAGCUGGAUAUUCAUUCUCUUGGCGUCUUAAUUGUGCAAAACAGUUUUAUAGUAGAUUUUAUUGGUGAUAAAGCAUACACUUGUAGGUCAAAAAAGAUAUCAUUUUAUGAGCACAUUGAGUUAUGCUUUUGGCCCCAUUCUGAGAUGGUUUAGUUUUCUUUUCUUCCUUUUUUUUUUGGUUUCUUUCGCUUGCUCUAGG